AUGUCGGCUGUUGAUGUUGCUUUGAGUCCUUUUCACAUAGAAUCUGGUUAUAUUCACAACCGGAGCGAAUCCAUCGUCAUAUACCUAACUGUAGCUGGUUCCGUGAUUCCCAUGUGCAUUUUGGAGUCCGAUUCGAUUGCGUCAGUUAAACUUCGGAUUCAAACUUGUAAAGGAUUUUUAGUGAAGAAACAGAAGCUGGUUUUUGAGGGAAAAGAAUUAUCAAGAAAUAAUUCUCUUGUUAAAGACUAUGGUGUUUCAAGUGGGGAUGUCCUCCAUUUGAUCCUUAGGGUUUCUAACUUUCUAGUGGUCACAGUUGAAUCUGCUUUCAGGAAAGAAUUCGAAUUUCAGGUUGACAGGUUUAGAAACGUUGGGUAUUUGAAACAAAAGAUAGCAGAACAAGCAAAAGGGUUCGCGUUCAUCAACGUUGAGGAUCAAGAAAUCUUGUGCAAUGGUGAGAAACUUGAUGAUCAGAGGCUUAUUGAUGAUAUCUGCAAGAAUCGUGAUGCGAUUGUUCAUUUGGUUGUUCAAAAACCCGCACAAAUCUGCUCUAAGCCGGCCAAAAGGGAUCUUGAAAUCUAUGUUGAUUCACAUGUGAAUGAAGAAGGAAUUCACAAGAAAUCACCGAAUGUUGGUUUCCCAUUGCAGCCUGUUAUCAUCAACCCGAAUCUGAAAUUUUCGCCCGCCAUAUGGAGUAUGCUAGCCUCUGCAACCGAAGGAUUGAAGAAAUGGAAAAACCCGAUUAGAUCAUCUGAGGGCACCGGAGGAGCGUACUUUAUGCAACACCCAUCGGGAAACAAAUAUGUUGCGGUUUUCAAGCCGAUAGAUGAAGAACCAAUGGCUGUUAAUAACCCUCGUGGACUUCCUCCAUCCACGGAUGGUGAAGGACUAAAGAGAGGGACUAAAGUAGGCGAAGGUGCAUUGAGGGAGGUUGCAGCUUACAUCCUGGACCAUCCACGGACUGGACCGCGGUCAAUUGAUGGUGAGCCGGAGACGGGUUUUGCCGGUGUACCUCCUACCAUCAUGGCUAAGUGCUUGAACUCGGAGUUUAACCAUCCACAUGGCUAUGAUGGUGGACCAGAGAACAUAAAGGUUGGAUCUUUGCAGAUGUUUGUUAAAAACUAUGGAAGUUGUGAAGAUAUGGGUCCAAGGGAUUUUCCGGUGGAGGAGGUUCAUAAGAUAACGGUGUUUGAUAUACGAACGGCAAAUGCUGAUCGGCAUGCCGGGAAUAUCUUGAUGAGCCGAGAAGGGGGUCGGAUUGUGCUCAUCCCUAUCGAUCAUGGAUACUGCUUGCCUGAGAAUUUCAAAGAUUGCACCUUUGAUUGGCUCUAUUGGCCACAAGCACGUGAACGCUACUCGCAAGAAUCUCUCGACUAUAUAAACUUGUUAGACGCAGAGAAAGACAUAGACCUCUUGAGCUCGUUCGGUUGGGACCUCUCCUCAGAGUGUGCACUCACACUGCGUAUCUCCACCAUGCUUCUGAAAAAAGGCGCAUCGAAAGGCCUCUCUCCCUUCGCCAUUGGUAGCAUUAUGUGCAGAGAAACAUUAAACAAAGAAUCCGUGAUCGAAAGAAUGGUUCAGAAAGCCUACGAUUCCCUGCUCCCUGGAAUGAGCGAGGCUGUGUUUCUUGAAACCGUCUCCAAGAUCAUGGAUUCCGAGCUCGAUAACAUCUCUUUACGGCUCGUAUAGGUAUAAUAUAUGUAUGUAUGUGUCGGUUUUCUGGUUGUUUUUAUGAAGUAUUUGGUUUGAAACUCCGUCUGAGAUGUAUGGUCGACGGAAGUUUAUAACGAUACGAAUAAAAGUAUGAUCAGCAUUUGUGUUUUUUAGAUCGCAUUGCUGAA